AGAAGGGAAACUGCCCGGCAGAGGUGACGUGGGGACCGAGCAUUUCAGAUCUGCUUGGUAGACCUGGUGCAACACCAUGCUGGCUGCAAGGCUUGUGUGUCUCCGGACACUACCUUCUAGGGUUUUGCAUUCAGCUUUCACCAAGGCCUCCCCUGUUGCAAAGAAUUCCAUCGUGAAGAAUUCCAUCACGAAGAAUCAAUGGCUGUUAACACCCAGCAGGGAAUAUGCCACCAAAACAAGAAUUGGGAUCCGGCGUGGGAGAACUGGCCAAGAACUCAAAGAGGCAGCAAUGGAACCAUCAAUGGAAAAAAUAUUUAAAAUUGAUCAGAUGGGAAGAUGGUUUGUUGCUGGAGGAGCUGCUGUUGGUCUUGGAACAUUGUGCUACUGUGGCUUGGGAAUGUCUAAUGAGAUUGGAGCUCUUGAAAAGGCUGUAAUUUGGCCUCAGUAUGUGAAGGAUAGAAUUCAUUCCACCUAUAUGUACUUAGCAGGAAGUAUUGGUUUAACAGCUUUGUCUGCCAUGGCAAUAAGCAGAACGCCUGUUCUCAUGAACUUUAUGAUGAAAGGCUCUUGGGUGACAAUUGAUGCAACCUUUGCAGCCAUGAUUGGAGCUGGAAUGCUGGUACAAUCAAUACCAUAUGACCGGAGCCCAGGCCCAAAGCACCUUGCUUGGUUGCUACAUUCUGGUGUGAUGGGUGCAGUGGUUGCUCCUCUGACGAUAUUAGGGGGUCCUCUUCUCAUCAGAGCUGCAUGGUACACAGCUGGCAUUGUGGGAGCCCUCUCCACUGUGGCCAUGUGCGCACCCAGUGAAAAGAUUCUGAACAUGGGUGCACCCUUGGGAGUGGGCCUGGGUCUCGUUUUUGUGUCCUCACUUGGAUCUAUGUUUCUUCCACCUACCACUGUGGCUGGUGCCACUCUGUACUCAGUGGCAAUGUAUGGUGGAUUAGUUCUUUUCAGCAUGUUCCUUCUGUAUGAUACCCAGAAAGUAAUCAGGUGCGCAGAAGUAACACCAAUGUAUGGAGUUCAAAAAUAUGAUCCCAUUAACUCGAUGCUGGGAAUCUACAUGGACACAUUAAAUAUAUUUAUGCGAGUUGCAACUAUGCUAGCAACUGGAGGCAACAGAAAGAAAUGAAGUGACUGAGCUUCUGGCUUCUCUACUACAUCAGACAUCUUGCUUGUUUCAUAGGCAGAUAUGCAUUAAAUAGUUUGUACAAGCAACUUUCACUGAAGUUUAGAAGAUAAGAACCUGUCAUUGUGUUUAAAUGUUCCAGUAAUGUGAUGCCUCAGGUCUGCUUUUUCUUCUGGAAAAUAAAUGCAGUAGUCCUCUCCCAA